AUGGACGAUGGAGAAUAUGCUUUAAUAUUCUACAUGCCAGAGCUUCGGUACAGACUGCAAGGAUCUGAUUGCUAUGAUCAAGGAUUCUCACGCUUGGCCAAACUUUGCCACGGAGCUGGAGAAGAUAGAAACGUUACUGAUCUGCUUCCCGGAUUUCAAGAUUCUUAUGUUCCUCGAGCGCGCAAUCAGAUUUCAGAUUUUUUAUCUAAAACAGCUAGAUCCUUCCACAGGGAGUUACUUUUCAUUGCAACCAAUAAAAAAAAAAUAAACGAUACCCCUUCCUCCUCCUUGCAGCCUAUAAAUAAUACCCCCAUUCUCUUAUCUCAUUACCACAUCAAAGAACAAUUUCUAUCGUUUAUUCACUCUAUCUCUCUCUACAAAAUGGAUUCGAGGACUCUGGUGCUAGUGCUGCUCGUUUGCCUCAUCUUCCUGCAUGAUGCUUCUGAUAUCACUCACGCCAAUGCCAAUUUUCAUGCACUUCCCAUUCGCAAGAUGAUGGUGAUGGAGAAGGAGAAUGAAUGGGGAGGAGCAAAUGGAAAUGAAGAGUUAAGGACUGUUCCUUCAGGACCUGACCCUUUGCAUCAUCAUGUGAACCCCCCAAGACAGCCACGGACCGACUCUCAUCUCCCUUAAAACGUCCUUUCUUUUGUUUCUUUAAUGUAGUUCGUAUUGUAAAUUAACUCUUCUGUUUAAUCAGUUUUAUGUUGGGAGAUUUUCAGUUUAAUCUCUCACUUUCCCUAAGGUUGUGAUGAUGGUUAAUGUAAGAUAAGCACAACUUU